AUGAAACUAUCACUAGUUCUUGUGGGAUUGAAUGCUGUCCACAAUGCCGGUAUUGUCUCUGCUGUUCCACUAGACAGCUGGUCAGCCAGGUUCAGUGCGUCAUCGCACGCGGUUGAAAUGUUCAAUGCGGCUAUUGAAUGGAAUGACAAGUACUGGGACGAUGAGGCUGGCUAUCUGAUUACCUCAACAAGUAGUCCUGGACGCUAUGAUAGUCGGCACUCGGCCUGGUAUGCCCCUCAAUUGCUAGCCAGAAAUGGACCGGGCGAUGUUGCAAAAGCCGUCCGCAUCUUCGACAAUGUCAUUUCUGGUCAAUAUCUCGAUCCAUCUAAACAGUGGUAUGGGGACUAUCAACAAGCGCCUUCAGAACCGGAGCCUGGGACGCUGGAAUAUCCCGACGAUGGUCCAUACAGCUCGUGGGAUCCAAAUAUUCGCGAUUUCGUGGGCUGCGCCUGGAUUGUGGCCUUGAAUGAUUAUGGCCACCUGCUUCCCGCAGCGACAGUCUCCAAGGUAGAAGAAUCCUUGCACAUUGCAGCCAAAGGCGAUCUCUAUCGUGUUGGAGGGAUUGAUGGCGACAAUUCUUACCCUUGUUACUCCAAUCCCUGGUUGAUGCGAACCAUUCUUCAAAACUGGGUUGGUGCACGAGUCGGAGAUGCAAACUUGACCAACUCUGGUGAGAACUUCGCACAGGAAAUCUACGACCUCUGGAGUAUGCACCAUACCUUGUCUGAAUUUAAUUCUCCGACAUACGCUGGCGUUGCCAUGUGGGCACUGGCUCUCUGGAACCAGUAUGGAACAAGUGACAGUUUGUUGAAGAAGUAUGGACCGGAGAUGCUCAAAUACAGUUGGAAUGAGCUCGCUCAGCUCUAUAAUGCAAAUCUGAAGAAUAUUGCUGGCCCUUGGGAUCGCUCAUAUGGUUACGAUAUGAAAGAGUAUGCAUCUCUUACUGGCGCUGUUAUCUGGGGUGUUGUUGGCCGUGAGCAGGCUCCCGUCCCUCAGCAGGAGCUUGGAAUGUUCCAUCAAGACGAUUUCGCGUUUUAUCCACUGUUCGCCCUGUCAAUGCCUGAAAUGGUGAAAUAUCUGCCGGCAAAGGCAAAGGCAAAUUUACUCAAGUUCCCUGGCGAGCAUAUGUAUACUUCGCAGGCUUACUCGCCGCCCUUCGAUACUUAUCCUCGCAAUAUCACUGCUUGGGUAUCUAAGGACGUGACCAUUGGUGCAGAAACUGUUGCUGAGACCGUUGUCGGAGGUCCAAGUAUCAACCCCAGUCAAUUCAAUCCCGCCGUCAUUCAGUGGGCUAUUGGCGAGCAUAAAAUCGGCUGCAUCUCGCAUUGGGUCACAGAGUCAUCUAUUCAUGCCGUGGCUGCCCCUCGGUCUUUGAACAUCUCAUAUACAAAUGCAACAUCUGUGCACGGUCCCGUUUCUUUCAAUUUCUUGUUCAGUGGCCUCACGGUCAACAACGGGUUCAAUGUAACUGGACUGGAAGGCUUGCCUGGUUUGAACGUCAAGGUCUCGACAAAUGCACAACCAAAUUAUACGAUCACAUACAACACUGAUCACUCUGUCAAUGAAUUCGUGUUUUACAACAUCACGUAUACGAUGCCGGAGAGUUUCACUGGGGUACCAUAUGUGUCUCUUCAGAUAGUUUGA